UAGGAUUAGGCUGCUCUAACAGUCUGGCUGACACCUUGUGCAAAGAAUGAGGUCUCACUGUCUGAGGGAGAAUACAUGCAUGCACUUUCUUUCUCAGAAGACAUCUGAGAAAUGAAACAACAACUUAGACUUUGAAGAUUUCAAAAUUACACAGGUUACCAAAAAACACAAAAACCCUCCCUUUUUGAAAGACUGCAGGCAUUUUAGUUAAUGUCUAUGUGGGAGCCAUAUGGAAAAAUCAGUUCUGUCCUGUUAAACUGGUUUCACAGUUUUGGUUUUCAUCUAUCCACAGAGCUCUGAAAAGUCUAUGUUUUGUUUUAUUUUGCUUCGCAAAUAAGAGUGGUCUGAGGAGCAUCUGUCUAUAAACACAAUAGUGCUGAAGAUGUUCAGAUUCUGGAUUUACCUGCCUUUCCAUCUUCUCGUGGCCAUGUGUUUGUGUCAUUCUGUAAAGGUGCCCACCAGUUCCCAACACAGCUUCAAGAGUGAUCUCUUCAACUGUAAUCAUUCCCUGAUUCUUGCAGAUGGUAAGGAAACCACAGUCCACCUGUUGAAGGAUAUACCUAAAAGGUACUGUUUCAUUCUGGAAGAAGACAGAGCCCCUGCUCCUUUCACAGUAACAGUGACACCCUGUGAUGUUCCCAUUGAAUGGAGUAUACUGGUACAUAAGGCAUCAACAAAUUUCCUUGGAAAAGCAGCACGUGGUGAUUAUGACACUCUUGAAGCCACAAAAUCUCAGAAGAUUCUGAAGUUGGUGUCCAUGAUAUUUAACUAUAAAGGAAAUUCUGUGGAGACUUAUAUGGGUAUGUCUUCCUAUUCUGCUUUCUAUAUGCUGGAGUUCCUAUCAACUGAACGAGACACACACAUUACUGUGUACUUAACAACUGACACAACAUCUGGGCAUCUGUAUCCAGAACUCCCAAUGGAUCCACGCAUAGAUGUUAUUGGUAUUGGCCAUGCAACUGUGACUCUAGCUUGGAAACACAGCCCAUCAGUCUGGCAGCACAAAGAAAACAUCCAGUAUUGUCUUCUAGUCAAUGAAAAACACAACUACAAGAGUUUAUGUGCAGCUGAGACAGCUAUCAGAUCUUCCGGUAUGAAAUCGCCACCAGUGCUAGCUCUUUCUCUCUUUCCAUAUCUUCUAGACCAUCAACAGGUGAUGAUAUUGUCCAAUAGUGAAUUAAGUAUCAUCAACAGGGUUAGUAAUGGGGAAGUGAGGCAGAUAUGCAUGGGCACUAAGAAUACUUAUACAGUGCCCAACCUUAGACCCAGCACUCAAUAUUAUUUUGAUGUUUUUGUAGUCAACCUCCUCACUAAUGCAAGUGCUGCCUACACUGGAACAUUUGCAAGAACUCUGGAGGAACCUGAGCCUAAAGUUAUUGAGCUGAAGGAUGGGAAGGUAAUUCAUUUAAUCCUGGAUGAGAAAAAGCAGAAAUUCUACAGCUUGCAGUAUCAAGCUAAACAGAAGAAGAUCCAGUUCACAUUUCAAUCUUGUAGUGGCCAAGUAUGGGUUCAGAUAGCAAGGAAUGGUAAAGUACUGGCCUCAGAAAACAUUGCAGGCUUCAGACAUUUCUCACUGAAGGGAAAGCUGCUGGACACGUAUUUGGUGCAGCUAAGGUCCAUGGACCAUAUUAAUUCUUCUGUGAAAGUUCAAGUAUCCUCUCACUUUCAUAAGCCUUUCUUCCCACUUCUUCCAGAAAGCUUAAAAAUCAAGUCCUUCAGCAAACUGAGGACCUGCAAUUCAGUCACCAUUGCCUGGCUAGGAACACAAGAGCAGAGCAAGUACUGUGUGUACAAGAAAAGGAUCAAAGAGGAUCAAGUUUGGAUGGAGCUGAGGAGUGCAGACAGGUGCUCAGGGCCCAAAUCCAGACACAAGUCUGAGAAAGUGCUGUGCAAAUAUUUCUAUGAUAUAAAUCUACAACGAGCAGUCACCACACAGACCAUCAAGGGAUUGGAAGCAGGGACUCCCUACCUGUUUGAUGUUUAUCUAACUGGACCUUCUGGGAUCCCAGUCAGGUAUCACAGUAAAGUUGUGAAAACCAGGAAAAAAUGUUGAGGGCUUUUCAAUAAAUGUUUUCUGGUAGAUAAAUAAGGAGAAAAAUGAAAAACAUGCACAAUAAACACCAGUGCUCUGUGCAGUUCAAAAUGUAUUGGGGCAUAACACACAAUUAUUAAAGCUGCAAGAUUUAUGGGGAAAGAAUCUUUUCCACUGUCUAGAAAAUUAGGCUCACUCUGGCAUCUUUUUUCCAAUAUAAGCUUCUCUCUCAAUUGUCUCACAUUGACAGCAAAAACAAGACUAAAACAAAUAGAGAAACUUGGAAACAAUGGAUUCACCCUGUGACAUGCAAGAAAUCGGUCUGGAGUGGAAUGAACUAAAAUGGACCUGAAAUCAAAUUCACAUUGUGAAAUACCUUUCAAGGAGUAUUGAACUGUUACUUUAAAAUCCAACAUUGUUUUUUCACUUUGCAUACCUCAGUCACUGUCAAUGAGGAACUGAGCGAUACCACCAGGAUGACUACUCUGAGAAGACUGACCUAUCCCUGCCAGCUCAGAGGUUUGCUUGUGGAGGCAAAUGGACAAUGAAUGGGUAUUGUUGCAAAGCGUCUCUCACGCACAAAGGGGCAAGGGUGAGAACAGUGGUGGAUCGAGUGUUCAGCUGCUGCUGCUGCUUCACAUUCCGGUCAACUGUGACUACAGCAGCUCCUCAAACAACCAUGUCACAAUUACCGGCAUAUUUGCUUUGCAUUCAUUCCUGUGGAGAAGUUAUUCUUGUGUAGAGAGGGACCUGACUCACAACGUUUGGACCGGGAAUUGCACCUGAAUUUCCCCAAAGUUGAGGAUGUUUGAAUACAGUUUGCUGGUUCUGCCCAUAUAGAAAAAGACCUGAGUAGGAAAGCUCAAGGAGAAGGAAGAUCGUUCUGAUCCAAACUGUUCUAGUUCAGGUCCGUUGCUACUCCUGUUUGGUUUUAUGUAUUCUAUGCAUACACAUACACUGAACAGACAAGGGUGCAUCAUCUUUGGAGCUUCAGAAAUAAAAUAUUUCUUGCGGCAAGACAGGGAGGGCUGAGAACAUUAUCACUCAUCCUUCCUCCUCCCCAGAGAGAGAGAUUCGCACAUGCUGACCCCCCCACACCCACACAUCUCACUGCAUGUAUUAUUUUACUCUUACAAUGGGAUACACGAAUCCCCACCCCAUAAUUUCUGGCCCUGGCAAACACCAGCACUGUGCAGAACUGCAUGAAGAUCAGUUCCCCACAAGUUCAUGUUCUGAUUGCCCUUACCACUGUGCCCACGCACCCACAAUCCUAUGCAGGCAACUCAAUGUGAUAGGCUAAUUCUUUCCUUCCUUCUGUCCAGCCCCAGCACAGCCAAUUUCAAAGAAUGUGUUGCUUUUUUUAAAAUGAGAUUUUCCUGUUGAGUAGCAUGAAGUAGUAUGUCUGUAGUAAAGCCUGACAAGCACA